CAAAUCCUUCCUCAAAAAGGAUCUCAAGCCGGCGAUGCCCGAGUGCUGGGGUCAUCGUGGAGCCUCGGCUGCCUUCCCGGAGAACACCAUUGCCUCCUUCGAGCGUGCCGUCAGGGAUGGAUCUGAAGGUCUGGAGUCUGGUUAGUGUCUGCGCCCGUAGCCUCGAUUGAUUGCUCCUUUGCUGGGGAGAAGCGGGAAGCGACUUCUCGCUGCGGGAAAGAGGUUUGGCGGGUAGAGUCGAGGCGGAUGGCACACGACAUUAAAAGAGGACGAGGGGGGAACAUUUUCGCUACACGCUCGCUUCUGCCGCCCAACGGCCCCCCUUCGUUUUACUCAUCCCUCGACCAACUUUUUCGCAGACGUCCACGUCACGGCCGACGGCGUCAUCAUCAUGUUUCAUGACCCUUCGCUGGAGCGCACCACCAAUGGCACCGGCCUCAUCAAGGAGCAGCCUUGGAAAGGCGUCAUUGAGAACUUCAGGACGACCAAGAAGCCUCAUCAGCAGCUGCCUACCUUCAAGGACGUUUGCGACUUGCUGAUGCGACCGGAGAACAAGCAUGUCAAGCUCAACAUCGACAUCAAACCAGAGAACGACCCUGAGGUCCUCUUCAAGCUCAUGAAGCAAGUCGUCUCCUCCUACCCAUCCUACGCCACGGACCUCUCCCCUCGUCUCAUCCUUGGCCUCUGGCACCCCUGCUUCCUCGCAGCUGCACUCAAGCACGUCCCUUCCAUGCGCCGCAUUCACAUCGGCGGGUCCCCUUGGGCUGCCACCACCUACUUCUGGAAGCACUGCGACGGCUUCUCGAUGAGCUUCCCCUCCCUCAUCGGGACCGAUGGGCAGGAGUUUCUCCGCCGAGCUGAGCGCGAUGGGAAGGACGUCUUUGUGUGGACCGUCAACAGGAAAGACGAGAUGGUCGAGGCGACUCGUUGGGGCGUCAAGGCCAUUCUCACCGACAAGACUGCCAUGCUUCAAGAUGUGAGGGAGGGCAUGACGGCCGAUUUCCCGCAGUAUCGCCGCAACGAGGUCGGCAUGUUCUUCCGCUGGUCGACGCUCCGCUACUACACGUUCCACCAGUGGUGCGUACAGAGUGUCUGGAUCGGCCAACUGGAGAAGAGGGCAGGCGUGACCUUCAAGGAGGCUUGGAAGACGGCCGAGCACCUCGACGUGCCCGAGACCGUUGUGCCCAUGGCUCCUGCGCCUGCCUCAGGGGGAGUUGUCCAGCAGGAGGUCCCCGUAGAGGUACAUGACGAAAGUGGUGCGGGUGCUAGCAGCCAGCCUAGCUCCAACACCUCAUCGCCCGGCUUUGUAGCUGUCAACGAGAAGUCCGAGGUCCCGCCGAUGGCUCCUCCAGCGGCCGCCAUCCCCGUUGCCGCGGCAUAGAGGACACGCAGUUUCAGGAACACACAUCGUCACGCAUCGUCUCGUCAACACAGAGCAAGACACGGACUCUCCCUCUUUUCCCGUCAAGACCACUACGCCUCCGAUUAAUCAAGUUCAGCAUCGCACCUGUGGGGUACGGGAGCUCAUAGACACCUUUCCUCUUUCUUCACGACGUCAGAAACUUUGUUCCGUUUCGUCAUGUAGCUCUUUCGCUUCGCACAUGUUCUCAGCAUCUCCUCUUACCGCGUUCCACCUCUUCAUCUUUAGCUGCUCAAGUCUUCAGACGAGAACAAUGACAUUUCAUCGCUCAGUGGC